CACAACGCCUUGUUCUGGAGGAGAUAUGAAUUUUCUUCCAUGCCCUACUAAGCAUCUCUCAAAGCAUGGUAUCCGGCGAAUCCUCCAAUCCAUACAGGCAAGUCGCUGCGUGGCCCUUGGUGGUCCAAUUUCUUCAUUACGAAGAUGCUUCCACCAGAGCGAGAGAAUGCUGGCAGAACAAGCAGCAAAGCCGGAAAUAACGAAAAUUGCUGAGUCUAGAUUCUGGAAAGAAUACAGAGAAACAUUGAACCUCGAUGGCCCAAAUUUCUCCCUGUCUCACGGAAGACUAAUCAAUGAUCCUCAACUAGGAGGAAAUGAGCACACGAUUGUCGGUUAUCUUACAAGUGUGAAAACCUUAUCGGACAGUCUGGUAUUUGGGCGAGUUUGGUCAGGAUAUGGGUCAGAGUCCGAGGACAACAGCAUGCAAAUAAUUUGUCGAAGUCCUGAGCAAUGUGCUCAACUCAAGAGCUUAAGACUUCAUAGUCCUGUGAGCGUCACUGGAACUCUAGGUCUCAAACAUGCCAGUAAAAAGGACAAAGAAAAACCUCGUGCAACAAAAGCAGGCACCUAUUUGCUGCACCAAGUCGAGUUGCUGCCAACCAGAAUUAAGUGUUUGAAUACGAUCACGGACGCCCAUCUCACCUGCGAACAUGUGUACCCGCCUACAAGUAGGCAUCUGCAGAUCCGUUUCGACACGGAGCUGAGACGACGCCUAAACUUUCGAUCGGUAAUAACUUCCUAUAUUAGGAAUACAUGUUUGAAUCACUUCCAGGAAAUCGAGACGCCUAUCUUGUUCAAGUCAACCCCUGAAGGUGCUCGAGAGUUCCUUGUUCCGACUAGGAGGAGAGGAUAUGCCUAUGCUCUUCCCCAGAGUCCUCAGCAAUACAAGCAGAUUCUGAUGGCGUCUGGGAUCCACAGUUAUUUUCAAUUUGCAAAAUGUUUUCGGGAUGAGGACUUACGAGCUGAUAGACAGCCCGAGUUCACACAGAUAGAUAUGGAAAUGGCCUUUGCUGAUGGCAAAAAUGUUAUGUACGAGGUGGAGAGGCUUGUAAAGUUAAUUUAUGACUUUUGUGCCUCUUGGCCGCCACGUCAUGUCGACGCUGAAGCAGCAGUCAUCAAAACCUCUCUGCCAGACGAGCCAUUCCUUCAGAUGCCAUAUCAACACGCCAUGUCAAAGCAUGGCUCCGACAAACCUGAUAUUCGAAUCAAUGCUCUAAUCUCUCCUAUUGACAGUGCUGUUCCUGCUCAGCUCCGCGGAAUGCUUACCUCGAUUCCAAGCGCAAUAAUCGAGGCCUUCAAGCUUCGACUCGAUGCAUCUCCUAAAGAGGUUCAAAGGUUCAUCCGAAAGUUCAUGGACUCUCCUGAAGCCGAAACUUUCCGAUCAAAUCCUGAUGGCGCGCCUGGAAUAUGUAUUUUCGACUCUACGCAACCAGUUGAAGGCCUCCAAACAUUUGGCUUCGAUGGAGCAGAGCAAUUGAAAGAAAUCUGGAAAGACCAGCAAAAGACAACGUACCAAGAACAAGCUACAUUUGAGAGUAACAAAAAGUUCGAAGAUGGCGAUUUGAUCGUCAUACAAGCACGUGAGAAACGUCCAUUGUCGGGGGGUUCGACUGCUCUGGGCAGGCUUCGUCUGGCUAUUUACAAAGCUGCCAUCGCUGAAGGACUAAUCCAGCCUGAUCUAUCUCAUCGGUACCUCUGGGUGACAGACUUCCCCAUGUUCACUCCGGACAAUGCUUCUGAUCCAGGACAGGGCGGCACUGCAGGCUUUUCAGCUACCCAUCAUCCCUUCACAGCACCAAAAACUCCCCAGGAUGUCGAUCUGCUCUUGACUAAUCCCUUGGAGGCAAAAGCUGACCACUACGACCUUGUCGUGAACGGUGUAGAGCUUGGCGGAGGGAGUCGUCGUAUACACAAUGCGGACAUGCAGAAGUUCAUCAUGCGUGACAUCCUAGAGAUGAGUUCAGAGCGUAUAACCGACUUCUCUCACCUGUUCAAGGCUCUCGAAUCAGGCUGUCCACCGCACGCCGGUUUCGCAUUCGGCUUCGAUCGCUUUAUCGCGGUUCUCACAGGAUGCGAGUCUGUCAGAGACGUUAUUGCCUUUCCUAAAAGCUCAAAGGGUGAGGAUAUGAUGGUUAAGAGUCCUUCAAAGAUGACCGAUGUGGAGUUGGCUCGAUAUCAUCUCGCGCUUGCAGAUGAGGCUUAGACAAAAGGCUCGUCAAUUACAGGCCUCAGAGCGCCACAAUCGGGAUCUGGUUGAAGGGCCGUUGGUGAGAAGGCGAUAGUAGAGGCGUCGACCGCUGGGCAUGCAUCCAUUAGAGAUGCCGUCGCAGCCGACCCUGCCGCUGGUGAGAAAAAGACGUACCGUUGCAGAAGAAGACCCCGAUGGAGAUUCGGCCAUUGAGAUAUUGUUUCCGAAACAAUGAUGUCCGAGAGUAUGUCGAAGUCAAGAGAAUAAGACCGACCACUGCGAUCAAGAGCGAUGCGCACUUAUCUCCUGUUCUUCUCUUUGUUCGAUGUAGGGUUGGCCGCAAGUAGAGGAUCGCUAUUGUAAGGUAUAUGUACAGUCGUUGCACUUGGGAGGCGUCAACGUGGGUGUAUACUGAACAUCUCUGUAACCAUACAAACCCCACUCUUUCGGAUUUUCAAAAGUCGAUAGGCGAUAUAGAGCGAAAUGUACAGUACUGUAUCUUAAUACUGGACUUGAUGUCCACCCCUAGGCUCUUCUGGCACUAUCGCAGAAGCUAAUAUCAGAGCAGAGAUCGGGACUUAAAGUUCUUGUCAUAUUUCCGUGUUCACAAGUAGUAUUACAAAAUUCCACCCUGCUCCUUCGCUCACUCAACGUAUUAACAACCCAGACAGCGCUAAAUCAAAAGAUCAAGACAGAAGCAACAAAGACAAAACGUACCAAAAUACAUGAAAGCAACAACAGGACCUUUCGAAACAACCAUUCCAGCCCCAUCCUCAAACGCCGAACACACCGAACCUGUAAAUCCAAACUCGACCAGGCCUUGACGAGACCUUCUAGAUACUCAGUACUUCUUCUCAACUGUAUCCUUCAGCUUCUCGGCAUGAAUAUUCCUUGCCGAUUCCUGAUGGGCAUCGUACUCCGCGACAGCGAAAGAUCGGUGGUCUCUCUCUUCUUGCACGAACCUCUCAACACUCUCCCUGCUUGACUCGUUCUUGGAUGAGCUCUUGGAUCUCUUGCAGGAGUUGGAAGAUUUGUGAGAGGCGAAGCCUUUGUGGGAACCGCUGUGGGCUUUGGUAGAGGAGGAUGUCAUGGUUGGGUUGGUGCCUGUGGGACAUGAAAAAGAAUUGGGCGUAUUGCAAGGGUUGAAAGGCUGGUGGAUUGGGAUGAAUGACAGGAAUCGAUUGUGUGGGGGUGUGUGCUUUGAGAAGGCUGAAAUAGCUGUCUUCCCAAUGCCCAGGAGGCAAUUGGAUGCGC